AUGUUAUGGGAAAAAGAGAACCUCGAUGGAAAUGAAGUGUACAUCGAUUUGAUUGCAAGGGGCAGAUUAGGACUCACAUCCCAACGAGGACCUAGCUUAUUAUCAGAACCCAAGGUAACUAAAUCUGAUGAAAUGUGGAAAAAGUAUCACCGUGAAGGAAAUGGUGCAUUUGACAAUAAGAAUUAUAUCGAAGCAAUAGAAGCGUACAACCAAAGUUUGUGUUUCACUGAAAACCCGGAAAAAAUCAGGCAGUACAAAAAAUGUCGCCUCGAUAUUAAAUUGGCAAUAGAUUACGGCUAUGAUGUACUGAAAUUGAACGGUCUCGAAGACAAAUGUACUGAAUGCCUUGCACAAAGGGGUGAAAUCUUCGGCUCAUUUGUUCCCAAAUUGAGUUUUGAUGCGAACCAAUUCAUCCCAUACAUGGCUAACGUACUCGAUUUUCAAUGUGAUAGCUAUGGUAAUGAAUGGCUCACAGCAACACAAGAUAUCGAGGUCGGGCAAACGCUGAUAGCUGAAACGGCAUAUCUAAAAUACAUGUAUAACAAUAAAAUCGGUUGUAAUAUUUGCUCGAAGACAUAUGUCAAUCUGAUUCCAUGCGAAAACUGCACCGAGGCAUUGUUUUGUAGUCCUGAAUGCCGAAGACAUGUCCUUCAUAAAUACGAAUGUGGUGCGAAAUUUACUGAUCGCAAAAUUAUAAACGAAAGAAGAUUGUGCGAUCUACGAAGUGUUUUGAAAGCCAUUGAUUUGUUUCCUAAUGCAGAUGACCUUAUGCAAUUCGUCGAGAACAGUCUGAAAAAAACUGACCAGAGAAAAGUUCCCGAUAAUCUAACAAGUGAAGAAUCUAAGUACCGAGUCUAUCUCCAGCUUCAGACCACUAAGGUGUUUGCUUACACUGAUAUAGAUUUUCCAGUUAUUGCAUCUAGAAUUUUGAAGAUGUAUAAACUUUUAAUGCAAAAACACGUUGAUAAGUUCAAAUCGGUUAAGCACCAACGUUUUCUGAUGCAUCUUAGUGUACAUCAUAGCCAGAUUAAUAGAUGCAAUUCGAUGGAAGUACCUAAAUUACCACCAUCAGAUCCAUUAGAAAAGAAGUUUAUAGCAACACAAGUAAGCAUUAUGGGAAAUUACGUCAGCGUUGCGUGUAUGCCAAAUGUUGGUCUUGUACAAACAGGCGGUACAUCAUAUUGGAUCACAGUACGACGAAUUAAGAGGGGCGAACGACUCCAAUGUCAUUUAGAAACUUUGUCAACACAAGAGCGUCAAAUACGCAUGCUUGCAAUGGAAGGCACCAGUCAAUCAUGCCAGUGUAGUCUAUGUAAGGACAUAUCUGCUACUAUUGAGGAACGCUCACGAUUGAUUACGGAUCCAGAUUUUUCAUAUAUCAAAGAUGAAUUUACAAAAAUC